AUGGGCCUCUCCAACAUGGCAGCUUGCUUCAUCAAAGUGUGCGAGCCAGAAAGCUCCUCUCGCACCGGUGUCCCCAACUCACUCAGCUGGGGCGGGCCCCGGGGCGGGGCCUCCUCAAGCAUGCGCAGCGCGAGGCGCCCGGCGAGGCCGGACCCGCUCCUUGCGCGCUCCACCCGCCCCGCCGCCUGCCGCGGACCCGGAAAUCGUGGCGCCCUGGAGCCGCCGGCCUCUGUUGCCGAGGCAGUGUCGUCCCUGACCAUCGCUGACGCGUUCACGGCUGCCAGCGAGGGCCCAGCCCUCGCCCUGCUGCCCCGCGUGGUCCCUAGGAGGUUCAUCUGCUCGUUUCCGGAUUGCAGCGCCAAUUACAACAAGGCCUGGAAGCUAGACGCGCACCUGUGCAAGCACACGGGGGAGAGACCAUUUGUUUGUGACUAUGAAGGCUGCAGGAAAGCCUUCAUCAGGGACUAUCAUCUGAGCCGCCACACCCUGACCCACACUGGAGAAAAGCCAUUUGUUUGUGAAGCUAGUGGCUGUGAUCAGAAAUUCAACACAAAAUCAAACUUGAAGAAACACUUCGAGCGCAAACAUGAAAAUCAGCACAGACAGUAUGUGUGUGAUUUUGAAGGUUGUGAGAAGACCUUUAAGAAACAUCAGCAGCUGAAAGUCCAUCAGUGCCAGCACGCCAAUGAACCACUAUUCAAGUGUAAGCACGAAGGAUGCGGAAAACACUUCGUGUCACCCAGCAGGUUAAAACGACACGAGAAGGUCCAUGAGGGCUACAUAUGUCAAAAGGGAUGUUGCUUUGUGGCAAAAACAUGGACGGAGCUUCUGAAACAUGUGAGAGAAACGCAUAAAGAGGAAGUCAGGUGUGAAGUAUGCCGGAAAACAUUCAAACGCAAGGAUUAUCUUAAGCAACACAGAAGAAUGCACGCCCCAGAAAGGCAUGUGUGUCGAUGUCCGAGGGGAGGCUGUGGAAGAACAUACACUACCGUGUUUAACCUCCAGAGCCACAUCCUCUCUUUCCAUGAGGAAAAGCGCCCAUUUGUGUGUGAACACGCUGGCUGUGGCAAAGCGUUUGCAAUGAAACAAAGUCUCACUAGGCAUGCUGUUGUACAUGAUCCUGACAGGAAGAAAAUGAAGAUCAAAGUAAAACCAUCUCGUGAAAAACGGAGUUUGGCCUCUCACCUCAGUGGAUAUAUCCCUCCUAAAAAGAAGCAAGAACAAGGUGUAUCUUUGCCUAAAAAUGGAGAGUCGCUGAACUGCAUAGAAAGAAAAGUGCUCUCCACGGUUGCAGUCCUUACCCUCAGCUAAAGAUCAGGUUGCCCUUUAUAAAGGACAGACCAGUG